AUGGAAUAUCAUCCUGAAAUUACGGAACAGUUAAUUUUAUGUCCUGGCUGUGGUGCACCCACUCCUCCUAAUGCUGCCAAUAUGUGUGUCAACUGUAUUCGUAACGAAGUUGAUAUCACAGAAGGUAUUCCUAAACAUGCUACAAUUCACUUUUGUCGUAACUGCGAACGAUACCUUCAACCACCUGGAAUCUGGGUCACAGCAGAGUUAGAAUCUCGAGAACUGUUGACACUGUGUCUCAAGAAACUGAAGGGAUUAAAUCGAGUCCGAUUGGUUGAUGCUGGCUUUAUCUGGACUGAACCACACAGUAGACGUAUCAAGGUGAAGUUGACAAUUCAAAAGGAAGUCUUUGCCAAUACGAUCUUGCAGCAAGUCUUUGAAGUCGAAUAUGUGGUAUCAAGUCAACAGUGUGAUGAAUGUACACGAUUGGCUGCUCAAAAUACAUGGAAGGCAGUAGUGCAAGUCCGACAAAAGGUAGAGCAUAAACGUACAUUCUUGUUCUUGGAACAAAUCAUCUUGAAACACAACGCACACAAAGAUACAACCAACAUCAAAGAAGCCAAGGAUGGUAUUGAUUUUUACUAUGGUAGUCGUAACCAUGCCAUCAAGAUGGUCGAAUUCUUGCAGGCAGUUGUACCUAUGCGAUAUAAGACAAGUGAACAGUUGAUUUCAAAAGAUAUUCAUACAAGCGUAAGCAACUAUAAAUUUACAUACUCCUGUGAAAUUGUGCCUGUAUGUCGAGACGACCUUGUGUGUAUACCAAAGAAACUAGCCAAUAAUUUUGGAAAUAUCAAUCGAUUAUUAAUAUGUACAAGAAUUAGUAAUUCAAUUCAUUUGUUGGAUGUAAAUACAUUAGCCACAGCCGAUGUUAGUACAACUCAAUAUUAUAGACAACCCUUCCAAGCAUUAGCCAGUGCAAAGAGUAUGGUCGAAUACUAUGUAUUAGAUGUCGAGCCUCUGGGGCCUGUGGAUGGCAAAAAAGUGUUGUGUGAUGUCCAUGUUGCAAGAAUGUCAGACUUUGGUAGAAAUGAUGAACAAUUCAUCGCCAGAUCCCAUCUGGGUGCACUGUUGAAUCCUGGUGACACUGUCAUGGGUUACGAUUUGACAAGGACCAACUUUAACAAUGAAGAGUUUGAUCGACUCAAUGCUUCAGACUUACCUGACGUCAUCCUUGUACGUAAAUCUUAUCCUGCACGUAAGAAGAAGUCAAGACAAAGAAACUGGAAGUUACAACAAUUGGGUAAAGAAGUGGACGAAAUGUUACCUCGUAAACAAGAACAAGCUCGUAUUGAAAAUGACAUGGAACUGUUUAUGAGAGAUAUUGAAGAAGAUCCCGAGUUCAGAGCCAACAUCAAUAUUUUCAAGAAUAGCGGCUUGAUGGAAACUGAAGACGCGGUAGAAGAAGAAGAAGAGGAAUUACCCGAGAUUUCAUUAGAAGAAAUGAUGGAUGAAAUGGCCAUUCAUAUGGAUGAACCUGAUCAUCCAGUUCAUGAUGAAGAUGAAGAAAUGGAAAUGUAA